AUGGGUGACCGAACGGACAUCGAGAAACUGCAGGAAAUGGUGAAGCUACUGAUGGAUGAGAGAGAUGCGGAAAGGGCGGCCCGAGAGGCUCUGGAAAAGAAGAAUCAGGAGAUACAACCCGUGAUGAACAUGUUCAAUCAUGGGAAUAUGAUUACCUUUCCCGAAGGACCUCGUAUUGACGCUAAUAAUUUCGAGUUACGCAUGCCCCUUAUUCAAAGGGUCGAGCAAACUCCUUUUGCAGGUAGGGCUACAGAGGAUGCUAACCGCCAUCUCUCCAAAUUUGUGGAGAUCGCAAACACUCUCAAACUGAACGGUGUCGACGACGAUGCCAUAAGGGUAAGACUCUUCCCAUUUUCAUUAACUGAUUCUGCUAAAGAGUGGUUUGAAUGUAUGCCCAGAGAAAAGGUCUCCACAUGGAAGGACAUUGUAGUUGCCUUCCUCGACAAGUAUUAUCCGCUGGGCACAAUUUUGAAGCUCAAAAGUGAGAUCUUCCAAUUCAUCCAAGGCCAUGACGAACCCCUCUAUGAGGCGUUUGCUCGUUUCAAAGCCCUUCUCCGAAAGUGCCCUAACCAUGGUUUCACCGUGGACCACCAGGUAGGGAUUCUCUAUAAUGGGUUUAACGAGAAAAUUUGUGCUAUGCUUGAUUCAGGUGCAAAUGGAGGGUUCUUAAGGAAGUCAGGUGAGGAAGCCAUGGCGGUGAUAGAGGAAUUCGCCACCAACAGCAGGGGGUGGUCGAAAGAAAGGCAUAGCCUAAAAAGGAUAGUUGCAGUUGAAGAAGCCGAGGAAAGCUCCUUUGCAAAGGAAUUGGCCGAGCUUCGAGUUAGGGUGGACCAAAUGGAUUCAUCAAGGAAGGAGGACCCGAUUCCACCAACCUCCAUUAUAGCAGUCUCUAAGCCUGAAACUCCUACCCCGACAGUGGAAGAAAUCAACUACAUGCAAGGAGGCGGCCCCAAUAGAAAUUACAACAAUAACUAUCACCCUAACCAGAGGGACGGAUUUAACGUUAGCAAGGGAGGAGUAGUUGAGACAAUCAAGAAGGAGGAAAAGUAUGAACAAGGGAUCACAAGGAUCUUGGAAGUAAUCGCGCAAGACAGGAAGGUUAAUGACACCAAGAUCGGAGUGGUCGAAGCUAGGAUAAACAACCUCGAGCAGGAAAUGAACACGAUCUCAACUGCCAUAGCCAACAUCAACACACAAAUGGAGCAAAUCCAAAAGAAAUUGGAUGAGGACAGGGCAAAGGCAGCCGCACGAGUGGAUGACGUCAACAAGAAGUGGGUGGCAAAGCAGAAAACUGGGGACGCCCAGACGCCGGCGGACUGCCGCACACCACGCGGCGGGCUGCCACUGAAGCCCAGAAUGGAGUCUGCCCAGCCGCCGGCGGACCGCCGGACACUACACGGCGGGCUGCCACCGAGAAGGCAGACGCACCCGCCCAGCAGGGACUCGUGCGGCACAAUGGGAUUGAAAUACCUAGGUCGUGGCGAGAUCACCAUUAGCGACAACCAUAGCCAAUCCACCUAUAAGAUCAAAAGCGAGAUGCACAAGUUUGAGGAAGCAAAGCAGGCAAAGAUGGAACAGCAGUGUAGGGCAGUCAUGUAG